AUGGGCAGCUGUGAGUCGUUCUUCUUUGGCCCAGAGCCCGACGAAGUGAACGGCGCGAAUGGGCCGAUCCGAAAAGGCAUGAGAGUGCAAACUCAGUGGACCAUCGCAGAAGGAGGCGAUGGCCGAUGGUACAUGGGCACCAUCAAAAGGCUCUACAAUGGCAACAAGUGCAAAAUCAACUACGACGAUGGCGACUCCUGGACCGGGAACGCGCGGGAGGUCUUCGACUUGAAUGGGCAACCACCGGGUAUGCCUCCUCCGGCUGCUGUGCCGAUGGGAGGUAAUGUGACGGUGGUUCAAGGCAUCCCGAUGUCGUAG